AUGUCGUUGCUACUUUUUUGUACUGCUGUGCUGUGCUGUAUCGCGGCCGCCUUGAGCAGCCCUCGCAAUGGCCCUCACGUCAACACCAGCUCUGGGCCUGUGGUAGGCUUCAUUGAUCGCAGCAUUCCAAAUGUGCAUCAAUACUUGGGCGUUCCAUAUGCUGAACCGCCACUAGGAAAUCUGAAGUUCCUACCACCCAAGGCAAAAUCUCCCACAAAGAGCAUAACUUUGGCGAAUACGAUGCCUCCAAAUUGCAUGUACUGGCUGUCCAAACUUCCUCAAUUGACAGAUAUUGUAACUGAAUAUAACCCCUCUCCAAACAUGAGCGAGGACUGCUUGUAUCUGAAUAUAUUUGCUCCAACACACCCUACAGAAAAUAAAUUGCCAGUUCUUUUCUGGGUUUAUGGAGGAGAGUGGCUUUUUGGUGGUGUUUCUUCGCCUUAUGAACUUCCCCAGCGGUGGGUUAGCCGGUCGCAAGAUGUUAUCAUUGUGCAGGUCAAUUAUCGAGUCAACGUAUUCGGCUUUCCAGGGGCACGUGGGUUGAAGGAUGGAGAAAGAAAUGUUGGGUUAAUGGAUAUGCGUCUAGGACUUGAAUGGGUUCGGGACAAUAUCGAAAAAUUCGGAGGAGACUCGGAUAAUAUCGUCCUUUGGGGCAAUGCCGCCGGGGGAGCGUCAAUUGAUAUGCUUCAAUUUGGAAAAUAUGCCCAUGAUCCCAUCGCUAAUGGGGUCAUAGCCGAUAGUGCAGUAGCCCUCCUAGCCAGUAAUGGGGCCAAAGACGUGGAUCAUUAUAGUUUCACUCAUCUAGCACAGCAAAUGGGCUGUCCAACAAACACCAGUGAGGCUGAACUGGAUUGCAUGAGAGAAGUUGAUCCGUUCAAGAUAGAAAAUUUCUUACAAGUUUAUUCUGAUAAAAAUUCGACGCCGCCUUUGUGGUUCAAUCCAAUGGCUGACAACGUGACCGUGUUUACGGUUGAUCAAUACGUUGAAAUGGGUAGCGCAGGGAACUUUUCGAAACUGCCUAUGCUUACUGGGAGUAAUUCAAACGAAUUCGCACAGUUAACCAUAUUAUCCGACGGCCAAAGCCCUAACUUGACUGAAAUUCGAGACCAAACGAUCGAAGAAUGGCAAUGCCCAAUUAUUAAGACUAUUAAUUACCGUCGACAGGCAGGAGCCUUAACCUAUAGAUGGUAUUACGAAGGCAAUUUCACAAACAUAUCACCACAGCCCUGGAUGGGUGCAUAUCAUUUCUCUGAAUUACCACUUUUAGCUGGGACCCACUCGCUCUACCGGUCCAAUUCAACUGCUUAUGAGUAUGCUGUAUCACACGAGAUGCAGUCACUCUGGAGGGCCUUUGCAGCAAACCCAAAGAAUGGUCUUUCUCGGAUUGGAUGGCCAGAGACCGGCUCAAGCGGAAAAGCUAUGGGUAUAGCCCUAACAGAUGAAGGUCAGCUGUCAGCCGGGCUAAAAGUAUUGGAAUUGCUUGACAGCGUCCCUGGUGACUCAAAGUGCGCUUGA